CGGGCAGGGGGCUGUCUCUGAAGAAGACGCUCUGCUCUCUCCCCAGAGCCUCUCUGACCACGCUGUCGGCACAGACCCACCGGCAGGGAGGACAGGUCAAAGGCAUGCCAGCUUUUCCAUGAUGCCUGGCCAGUAACACCAGCCAUGACCUGGAGGGACAGGGACAAGAGGUAGUUUGGCCUUCUUAGCGAGGUCAGCCCGGAGCUCUGCCCAUUGAGGAGAGACCUUCAAAGGUGUUGAAUGAUGAGUGCAAUAAUGCCAACUCCUGCUGCUCCGUGGUGAGCUGUGACGCCAAACUCAAAUCUCUUUAAACCUGAAGCUGGACUUAAACCCACGGUCCUGGUCUUAGAAGGAAAUGCUGUCUCUCCUCUGUGAUCAUCCCUCAACUCCGAACAUCUGCCAUUGAAAAACUGACCUUCCGCGCUAAGAGGCGAGGAUCAAAUGGGUUGAGAACAACUGGCCCUCCUUGUUUUUGGCAAAGAGGAUCCUUUGAUAUAUUUUUAAGUGCCAGGACAUGAGACAGUAAAUCCCUCCUUCCUGCACUCCUGCCUCCUGCAAACAGCCCCAACUGCGGUCCAAGCCAGCCAGUUAAAGGGUUAACCAUAACUGGAUGCCUGAAUGGCUGCCUUACUGAUCCCACGGAGGAACAGAGGGAUGAGGACUCGCCUGGGCUGCCUGUCUCACAAAUCAGACUCAUAUAAUGAUUUCACAGCUAUUCUUCCGGACAAGCCCAACCGGGCUUUGAAAAGACUCUCAACAGAAGAAGCAACAAGAUGGGCAGACUCUUUUGAUGUCCUUUUGUCCCAUAAAUAUGGACUGGCCGCUUUCCGUGCUUUCCUGAAGACUGAGUUCAGUGAGGAAAACCUGGAGUUCUGGCUCGCCUGCGAGGACUUCAAGAAGACCCGCUCAGCAGCCAAGCUGGCUGCCAAGGCCCAGAGGAUCUUUGAGGAGUUCAUCGACGUGCAGGCUCCACGAGAGGUGAACAUAGACUUCCAGACACGGGAGCUGACAAGAAGAAAUGUGCAGGAGCCCUCCCUCUCCUGCUUUGACCAAGCUCAGGGGAAGGUGCACAGCCUGAUGGAGAAAGACUCAUAUCCCAGGUUCCUGAGAUCCAAAAUUUACACAGACCUGCUGUCUCAAACCCAGAGGAGGCUCAGCUAGAGCAGCUGUGGGGCCCUCAGAAACCAUGUGCUUCCCACAACAGCCAAAACCCAUGUCUAAAUGUGAAAAUUUCUUGGUGUUAAAAGCAGUGGGAAUGAGAAAAGAGGGAGAAGGGGAAGAGGAGGCUUCCAGAUCAUGAUCCAGGCACGGUAUUAAGACUCUUUGACUUUCUGUACUUUUUUUUUUUGGUUAGCAGUAGCACCUUGCAGUUGUUGCCUCCCUCUAGCACAAACCCACAAUCCUCUCUAGUCACAGGGUCAUCUGUUGGGAAGGCAGGUUUCCUUUAAAAUUACUGCAUUGGUUUGUGUGUAAAUAACACCAUGGCACCUUUCCAUCCUUCCAGACAUCUCCCUGGCUCUCACCUCUCCCCUGUGCUUGGAAGGGCCCUAAAGGCAGUUCUGACUCUUGUGAAGCCAUGUCCAGCCCAAAGCAGUGUCUCCCACACUGGCUGCUGGGGUCUGGACCCAGAGACCAAGGGGAGGGAGAGAGAAGGAGAAGGCACAUGAUUCAUGCUGCUUCUCAGUGCUGAAACCAUCAGCAAACUCAGCUCACCUUUCGAUUUUGGUUGCACACCUUAUGACACCAGCUGCUACCCUGUCACAGCCCCUUACCUUUCAGGGAUGGAGACCAAGAGUUGUUUUCCAUAGGACUGCCAAGGAGCUGAGAUUUUCUCAUGAGGAAGGUAAUCCCAAAAGCUCUUGCUGGAUGUGGUCAGACAAGUCUUCUAGUGCGACUGAUUGUUUUUCAUUAAUAUUAUUUAUUUGUGCUGUAGCUCAGCCUCAGGACCCCAGUCAUCGUUCAGGCUUCGUUGUGUUGGGCACUGUACCAAAACCUAACACGAAGAGGCUCCUGGCUGCCACAGACUUUAACAGGAUUGGUGGCUUCUCAGGAAUGAUCUGUCAGCUGUUGGGAGAGAGUCAAGAGAAAGAAUGUCCCCCUGCCCCUUGCUGAGAUGUAAGAGAAGCACAAGACCUGUCUGCUAUGGUAGAUGGUAUUUUUCAUGUAGUACCUGACCAGUGCAUGGCAACAUGAAAAAUCACAAUUAUAUUUUUAUUAUUCACUGAUUAUUGACUGUUGUUACCUACCAAUUGUCCACUGUGGGUUCAAUGCCAACUACUAAAGGCACAGACCCUGCUGCAUGGUGCUUGUUUCAAACAGGAUAGAGGGAAGCAUGGAGUGAGCAGGACGGGUAUCCAAGUGUGAGGUGUCCUUUGGCCCUAUUCCCACAGCCUGGACAGCCACUGCAGGAGAAGACUCUGUGCAGAUGUCAGUGGUGUAGCACCUCCUCUGUGCUGUGCAAUAAUUCCUACCAUCUGAUGGCCCCAUUUCCACGGCAUUGCCGUUCCAGCUUGUUGGAUUCUUGCAAUAUUUUCUAGUGGAGAAGCAGACAGCCUGUCUGUGGAUUUGAGCCUACAGACCAGAGGUCUGUUUUCUUAAUUUUAUGAAGGCCUGGAAAGUGACCCCAUGGAUCUUUUCCUUCUCUCCAUCAUCGACAGAGCAGAGGCUUUAAACCUCUGCUCUAUAUGAGGGUGGUGGGUAGAUUGGAUACAUCAGAAAGCUGCUGAUAAAGAUUUAGUGUAGUGUGGUGUAAACUAGGUAGAGUGAAUUCUAAAGCUAAGCAUGAUGUGUUUGGAAUGAGAUACAAAAAGCCUGCUUGGAUAUUAAAAAUUACUGUCCGUGAACUAGGUAGGAAACAAUUUUUGAGGCUCUCUGUAAGGAUACUGUGCAGGACAUUAGAACAAAUAGCUUCAGGAGCAAGAUAGAGGUGGUAAGCAUGUUUGGUUUAUUUGGAGGUGUGUGGUCUCUAAGACACUAAAAUCCAGAUACGGUACAAUUGCAAAUUUUAUGUUCAGUAGGGAAACCUGCUUUUCAGUACCUGUUCAGUCAGCAACAGAAUUCUCCAGGUCCUUGGUAGGCAAAUAUCAUCUCCAGUUAACUUUCCCUGAGGACUGGCCAGAAAGAGCAGCAUGCUCUGGCGUCCUGGCCAGUGUUCUAAGCUGUCCUCUGCCCCUGCAAGGACACCUGAGGAGCAGGGGUUGGAGUGUGGUGAGAGAUGUGGCAUUCUGCAGCCACACUCAGGCUCAGUGGCACAACUUUUGGAAUUGUUGAGGUACGUGAUGUCCCUAAUGUUGUGUGUCCAGAGAGACAAUGCUCAAGGUCUGGGUGUUGCUUUGCAAAUUUGAUUGUUAGUGGCUUCAGGCAAAGGUCUGUGCUGCUUGUUAGAAAGUGGGAGCAAUGAGAGAUGUCUGAAAAAUGCCCUGGAUUUGCCAUGAUUUAUCUAAGGGGUCUGUGUUGUGCAAUAGUUCCAACAGCCCAAAGCUUUAUGGCAAACAAGAUACUUGGCAAAGAAGGCGUAGUGGCACAGGUGUCUGGGAAAACCUGUGCAAUGCUGUGGGAGGAAUCAAAGAUGGAAGGAAAGGAUAUACAGCUGUGCAUCCAGUGGCUGUCCCUGGUGGUAUCCGGGCCAUAGGAAGUGGAGCAGAGUCACAUCACCUAUACAGCCCCCUCCUGACCCAGGGGGUGAGGGCAAACCCCCCAAUGUUGUGGUGAAACACUCUCAGGGCUUGACCUGCAAGGGAGGAUUCAAAGCUUCCCUCACCGACGGUGAGGAGAGACUGGAAGAACUGCCCUUUCCAAGAGACACUGUCUAAUACACCUGUGUAACACAGGAUGGACUGGGAUCUCUCAGGGGCACAGGCUGCUUUGGCUGAAAUAAUUCCCCUUGAGGUGGCCUGUGGCCCCAGUUGUACCCAGUGUCACUGCAACUGGUGAUCCCACUGCUGCCAAACGGCAGCUCUGCUUCCUGACACUGUGGCAUCACAUGAGUCCUGCAAGGGGUGAAGAGGCCACCUUGUCUGGCCCUGCCUUCCUCACUUUCAGCCUUCUCUCACCUGCACAUGCAAAAAGCAUCCCAGCACUGCCCAGGAUGCGAGAGCCAGCAGCAGGAGGCUUAUGCAGUCACAGCUUUUAAAGAGAAGACAGAAGGCCGUAUUAACUGCCUUGUGGUACUUCUCUACAAGCCCCUGACAGACCUCCUGAGUGGGCUUGGAUGGUGCUGAUCUCUAGUGCCAGCUGAUGCACCCCAGAUGAGGCUCUGCGGCAAAGCCCCCCACGGUGGGGAGGGUCACAGAUACAGCCAGGAAAGGAGGACACAGCAGAAACAAGAUGUUUGUGCCAAGGAAUGGGAGUGAGGACAACCCCCAGGCUUCCCUGAUGGCUACAAGAGCUGGUCCUGUUCAGAGUGUGACUCCAGGAGGUAACAUCUCUCCACAAGCUGCUCCAGUGUUGGUGCUGUUGUCCUUUCAGUUUAUGUCAGAACUCAUGAGGAAACUCCAAAGCAGCCAACACCCUGCAAAUCCAAGCUCCCCACUCUCCUCCAUCAGCCUGGAAAAUUGCUUUGAGUGGGAGUAUCCAGAGAUGCCAUUGCUGCAGUGGUGACAGGAGCUGUAAUCACACUGGCUGGUGUAGGAGAAGUGUUUUGCCCAUUAAAGUUGUGCCAGAUAACAUCCUCCACGGGAAACAUCAUCCUAGAGCCCAGAGUGGAGCAGAAGUAUUGUCUGAGGCAUACGAGUCUAUCACAGUUAUUUUUGUUGCUGCUCUUACAGUUCGCCUCUCUUGAAGGAAAGCAGACUAGUUAUUUAAAGCAAAACUAUAUUUUUCCUAAACAAAAAAUUGGCACCAGCUGCUUCUUUUAUGCCAGAUGUCAGUCUGAAGUGAAUUAAAAUAGACAGCCUAUGGCUCUUCCCCUUAAACCAGGGGCUGAUCAAGGAAAUAAUGACUGAACCAAAGCUUCAGAAAGCACUGAGUGAUGACUAAUCCCUAUCAAGGACAAAUAUCCUAUCUUUGAUUCAUCUCUUCCUCAUGUGAAAGGGAUAUUCAUAACUUAGAAACCCCAUUUCUCUUCUCCAUAAGCCCACACCUUCAAAAUUUUCCUCAUGUUCCAAGUAAUGUCAGACAGAGUGUGCCAUCAUAAGAAGACAAGGGAAAAAAAUUGGUUCACUCAGCUCUUUUUAUUCUGUUUGCUGGUACAUAUCCAGUCAGCUCCCAAGUCCCUUGACAGCAAAAGGGAAAAAGAGCGUACAAAUCUCCUUUCUCUUUUCUAUAACCUUCAGGUGGAGUUAACUCCAGGAUGGAGAUGCAGAAUCUCAAUCUACUUUAAGAUUCUCUUGCUUUGGCCCAUCAGCCAGGCUUGGGAUGAUUUCCAUCACUUUUAGUGGACUCAUUAAUGUACAGAGGGGUCCCUGUCCUCACGCUGGGGGGGUGUGAAGGGCAAAGUCUCGCUGGUCUAAGCAGGGGAGGAAAAUCUGUGUGUGUGUCUGCGGGUGUGGGUGGGUGAGAGUGCAUGUGACUUCAUGUGUAUCUUAUUUAGUGUCCUCUACUACAGAAGCUUUUCUGAGACAUAGAUGUGCAUGUUAAAAUAGGAGAAUUAGGCACAAAUGACAUAAAAUGAGAUUUUUUAGCCAGUGUUGUGUUUGCCUUGUGUGUGAGUUUGACUAGUAGUAAGAGAUGUAAAACUCUGCUAGGCUUCCAGUUACCCAUAAGAGCACAUGUAUCAAACUGAACUGAAUGUUCACUGAUAGACACAAAACCAAAAUGUUUACAGCAUUCAGAGCAAUAGCAAAGCAUACCUCACGCCAGUCCUGGAGUGCCUCUCACCCAUCAGUGCAAGCUCUCCCCUUCCUUGGGGCCUCUUGCUUCUCCCUUCAAAGCCCUCUCUCCUUGUCUGUCCUAUCCUGGGGGUCUUCCCUCCUCCUUAUGCUUUCCUCCCUGAAGUUCUCCAAGCACCUUUCCCUCCACCAGCACUGUUUGUCCCCAUAUAUCUGAGCCUGGGUCUCCCAUAACUCCUCCCAUGCCUUCCUGUUUCCCUACACUCCAUCCCCAUCUAGCCCUUAUCUCUUCUUUACCUUUUCCUUCCCCAGAGACUUGUCUCUGGCCAUGCCACCUCCCUCCUACACACCUCCCACUGUCACUAUAAAGCUCCUAGUAGCUGUUCCUUGCCCAUUAUGUAAGAACAAAACGUUUCACGUAAUUUCUGCAUUAUCUUUCAUUCCUGGGGCUGCUGCAGUUGUCUCUUUCCUUGGUGCUGUGUUCCCUCCAGCAUCGUAGCAUUAUAUCCCAGAACUGCAAUUAAAGUCCAUUUUGCUGCUAGAACAGAAUGCUUUUCUCUACUGUGCUCCCCCUGGGCUUUGCAGAGGCUCGUCUUGUCCCCACCAAUUUGUCUUCCUUCUUCUUCCAUCCACAUUCCACGUGCUGUGCUUGUGGUAGGAGCUGGCUGGUGGAGAGGGCAGCCGUGCUGUGCAGAGGCAGUGGCUGCAUGAGCAGGGUCACAGCUGGGCUUCCCCUUGGCUUUCUGGUACAUAAAACUGGUGUCAAUAAAGGUGUUUGUAUUGUACUUGCUUGGUAAAGUCAGUUGUUCUGCUCUGUGCCUCCUCUUGGUUUUACAGGAGGGAUGUAUCUCUAAUUUGAGACUACUCCCUAAACUCAACAGCAGUUCAGGGAACUGAGAGCAUUGGAGAGAGGAGGCAGAAGGGAAUGAGUUUGUUAUCAAAAAACUCAAACAUUUCUGGCACAGAAUUACAGAAGAAAAGGCAGUGUCUGCUUCUGGAGGGACCUAGUGUACCAGGGAGCUACGGGGCCAGUUGUGGAGUGGAUUGUUUGUCUCAAGUAGCCCCUCAGCUCCCAGUUUGCAUCAUGUGCUGCGUGCCCCAGGCUGGAUCUAAAACAUGACAGAUGAGGAGCUGCUCAGCUUUGCAUUUACAACACAGAUAACAGCGUUAUCCUAAGAGAAAUGUCUUCAUGUUGCUCUAUCAGUGCCUGCAGUCACCAGCUAAAAAGCAAGGAGGGGAAGGAGGCACCUUCUGUUGUGGUUACUCAUGCAGAUCUCUGCGGGAUUACUGGCAAUGAAGGGAGCAGGGUACAAGUACAUCCUGGGGUGGAUCCCCCUUCCUUAAAAAACACGAUUGAAGAUCUCCUCCCCUUAUAAUCUCUCCCCCUUCUCCUCUACAAGCAAUCCAAAUCGGACACACAGAGUUCAGAUUUGUCUUUAAGCUCUUUGGCACCUCCACCUUUGGUGGGAUGGCAGUGUCCCACUGGUAGGAAGGGGCCUUGAGGACCCCACUCCAAACCCAAGCGUCAAAUAAGACUGUUUUAGGUAAUAAAGAUGUCUUGUUCCUGUGGAAACACACUUAUGGGUGGCUCAGAAGAGACUGAGGAUAGCAGUACUGUAUGGGGUGAACUCAGAAGUGAGCCACCAGGUAGAAAGACCAGCUCAAAAGAGCUUCCCUGUGCCACAUUUUUAUUUUAAUGAGAUCCUGAUGCUGCAGCUGCCUCUGCAGUGUCUGGGUGCUGCUGGUGUGGGUAGAUAACAGCAGGAGCCGUUUGGGCAGGCCAUGCAGGCUGUUCAGUCUGAUCCCUUCCCACUCAGGGAAAGGCAUGGGCUCGGGUUCCGUCUGACCUUCCCUCUGCAUUAGCUGCUUGUUUUCUAGGCUCACCUUCCCUGUGAGGCUGGAGAAGUUCCUCGUGUCACCACAUUGUGAAGUGUUACUCACCUGUACUGUAUAGAGACCGUGAGGACGUAAUAAACAGCCUGAGACUA